UUCAUUAUGCUUUAUUAUCUUGCUUACAGGCUGGUAUUAAAACGAUCGUUGGAGAAUCAGACUGAUGGAGGAAGAGAAUGCGAGUGGACGAGGCACUGAUAACAUAGAAAAUGAAGUUUUAGAAUCCUCAGAUGGCUUGAAUUGUGCACGAGUAUCGGACAAUACAGAGAAACAGAAAGUGGUUGCUGCUGAUAAAGUUCCAUAUUAUAAGCUGUUUUCCUUUGCUGACCCUGUAGAUCAUGCUUUGAUGGUUAUUGGUAUGAUCACAGCUGUUGGUAGUGGAAUCUGUUUUCCCCUGAUGGCUGUACUGUUUGGAGAGUUAGUUGAUUCCUUUGGAAUGACUGUGGAUAGCGAAAAAAUUGUUCAUGAAGUUUCUAAGGUAGCCCUUAAAUUCGUGUAUCUGGCUCUGGGUUCAGGUCUUGCUACAUUUAUCCAGGUGGCUUGCUGGACAGUCACGGGGGAAAGGCAGGCUGCUCGAAUCAGAUGUUUAUACCUGAAAACUGUAUUAAGACAAGAUAUUGGAUUUUUCGAUCAGCAGACUAACACUGGUGUUAUCAUCGAAAGCCUGUCUAGUGAUACUCUUACUAUUCAAGAUGCCAUCGGCGAAAAGGUUGGAAAAUUUAUCCAGGUAUCAGCUACAUUCCUUGGAGGAUUAGUAAUAGCUUUUAUUAAGGGGUGGCGUCUAGCGUUGGUCUUGUCAUCUUCGAUUCCUCCACUAGUCAUAUCUUCUGCUGUCUUGAUUAUCCUUCUGGCGAAACUAACAUCCCGUGCACAGACUGCUUAUUCAGAAGCUGCAACUGUUGCUGAACAGACAAUAAGCUCAAUUAGAACAGUUGCUUCAUAUACUGGAGAGAAAAGAGCUAUUUCUGAAUAUCAGAAUUCUCUGAACAAAGCUUACCAUUCUGGUGUACAAGAGGGUUUGGCUUCAGGGCUUGGUUUCGGUGUUUUUAUGUUUGUCUUCUAUUCAAGUUAUGCUUUAGCAAUAUGGUAUGGUGCAAAAAUGAUUUUGGAACACAACUAUACAGGAGGAGAUGUGAUGAAUGUCAUUAUGGCUACACUGACCGGCUCCUUUACUUUAGGAUACGCAUCUCCAUGCUUGUCCGCGUUUGCUGCUGGAAAGACUGCAGCGUUUAAAAUGUUUCAGACGAUAAACAGAAAGCCUAUCAUAGAUCCUUAUGAUAUGAAAGGACAGAAACCUCUUGACAUUAGUGGUGACAUUGAACUUAAGAAUGUUCAUUUCUGUUAUCCAGCAAGACCACAAGAGAGCAUAUUUGAUGGUUUCUCUGUGUCGAUACCUAAGGGAACAACGACAGCUAUAGUAGGGCGAAGUGGAAGUGGAAAAUCGACUGUGAUCAGUCUAAUAGUGAGGUUCUAUGAUCCACAGGCUGGUGAAGUUCUGAUUGAUGGUAUAAAUAUCAAAGAAUUUCAGCUUCGGUGGAUCAGGGGAAAAAUUGGCCUUGUUAGCCAAGAACCUGUGCUGUUUGGUUCGACGAUAAAGGAUAAUAUUGCCUACGGGAAGGAUGAUGCAACACUUGAAGAAAUUAAAGAUGCAGUUCGACUUGCCAAUGCAUCCAAAUUCAUUGAUAAAUUACCUCAGGGACUAGAUACCAGAGUUGGCGAUCACGGAAAUCAGUUAUCCGGUGGCCAAAAGCAAAGAAUUGCUAUUGCAAGAGCUAUACUGAAGAACCCCAAAAUUCUACUUCUUGAUGAAGCUACAAGUGCUCUUGAUGCAGAAUCUGAGAGGAUUGUUCAAGAGACAUUGGAUAGUGUCAUGAUUAACCGAACUACGGUAAUUGUUGCACAUCGCUUGAGCACAGUAAAGAAUGCAGAUACAAUAGCUGUACUUCAGGAGGGAAAGAUCGUCGAAAAAGGUUCCCACUUGGAACUAAUGAGAAACAAGGAAGGAGCAUAUGUUCAGCUUAUACAGUUGCAAGAGCUUAGCAAAUAUUCAGGAGAGCAAGAGUCAAAUGAACUGGAUAGUGAAGAGAUAAUCAUAAAUCAGCAGAUUCCUGUGACACGAUCAGCAAGUAGGGGCUCGGCGAGGAUUGAGAAUAGCAGCCAUCAUUUGUCGUCCAUGUCAGUUAGUGCAGCAGAGAAAGCAGUUGGUGAAUGUCAUGAUCCUAAUUCAACAGUUGUAUUGAGUAAGGGCAAAGAAAACACGAUUUGUCGCUUGGCCUUAAUGAACAAACGCGAGAUUCCAGAACUAUUAUUUGGUUGCAUAGCUGCAAUGGUCAAUGCUCUAAUAUUACCUAUUUUCGGGGUACUUCUUUCUAAUGUUAUCAAGACAUUCUAUGAGCCGGCUCAUAAACUCAGAAAGCAUUCAAGAUUUUGGUCAUUGUCAUUUCUUGGUCUAGGAUUGGCAUCUUUACUAGCGACACCCUUGAGGACGUUCUUUUUCGCUGUAGCAGGAUGUAAGUUGAUACGGAGAAUUCGCCUAAUGUGUUUUGAGAAGAUAGUUUACAUGGAGAUUAGUUGGUUUGAUAGAAAGGAGAACUCGAUUGGGGCAAUAGGCUGUCGACUAUCUACAGAUGCAGCAUCUGUCCGAGGUAUGAUUGGAGAGUCACUCGCUUUGCUUGUGCAGAACACGUCAACGGCUAUAGCUGGUUUAGUUAUUGGACUAGAAGCAAGCUGGCAAUUGUCACUCAUAAUGAUAGUUAUGGUUCCUCUAAUCGGAUUAAACGGAUAUCUUCACAUGAAAUACGUUAGUGGUUUUGGAGGUGAUGCUAAGAAACUAUAUGAGGAUGCAAGUCAAGUUGCGAGUGAAGCAGUUGGAAGUAUCAGAACAGUGGCUUCUUUCUCAGCCGAAGAGAAGGUGGUGCAAUUGUACAAAAGAAAAUGUGAAGAUCCAGUUAGAGCUGGAAUAAAAGAAGGGCUUGUGAGUGCUGCAGGUUUUGGUUUUUCGAUGUUCUGCUUGUACUCUGUCAAUGCUGCCAGUUUUUAUGCUGGUGCUCGGUUUAUUGAGUCCGGUAAGGUCACAUUUGCUGAGGUUUUUCGGGUUUUCUAUGGUCUUAGCUUGACAGCUACCGCGAUUUCUCAAUCAGGUGGCCUUGCUCCUGAUUCCACCAAAGCCAAAACUGGUGCCUCUUCAAUCUUUGCACUUCUUGACCGGCAAUCCAAGAUAGACUCGAGCGAUAACUCAGGAAUGACAUUAGAGAAUGUGAUGGGGAACAUUGAGUUUCGACAUAUCAGUUUCAACUAUCCAAGUCGACCUGAGGUUCAAGUCCUAAACGAUAUAUCCCUAGCCAUUAGCUCCGGUGAGACUGUUGCUCUAGUGGGAGAAAGUGGGAGCGGAAAAUCAACAGUUAUUUCCUUGUUGCAAAGAUUUUACGAUCCGAAUUCAGGCCUUAUCACAUUAGAUGGACUAGAAAUUCAAAAGCUGAAUGUGAAAUGGUUGAGAGAGCAAAUGGGACUAGUAAGCCAGGACCCUAUAUUGUUCAAUGACACAAUCAGAGCCAAUAUAGCAUAUGGAACAGAAACUGAUGCCACAGAAGCAGAAAUCUUAGCUGCUGCUGAGUUAGCAAAUGCUCACAACUUCAUCAGUGGCUUACAACAGGGCUAUGAAACAGUAGUUGGUGAAAGGGGCAUACAACUAUCUGGUGGACAGAAACAAAGAGUUGCAAUUGCAAGAGCUAUAGUAAAAUGUCCAAAAAUACUACUACUAGAUGAGGCUACAAGUGCACUUGACGCGGAGUCUGAGAAAGUAGUUCAAGAUGCACUUGAUAGAGUUAGAUCAGGCAGAACAACAGUUAUGGUGGCUCAUAGAUUGUCAACAAUUAAAGGAGCUGAUGUGAUUGCUGUGAUCAAAGAUGGUGUCAUUGUGGAGAAAGGAAAUCAUGAAACUUUGGUUAAUAGACAAGAUGGUAUUUAUGCUUCUCUAGUAUCAAAGUCUGCCAGCACUAUGAAUUGAAUUAAGUAGGACAGUCCGAUGCACAAAACAUCUCGCAUUUAGCAAGUUCCAAAGGGUCGCAAACCAAUGGCUGUAACGUAGAUAGUUUACUCCGAUACAAGCAUCAUUCACGUUAUUACUUGAAUCGGUGACCUAUAAGUCACACGAAAACAUGAAUAAAUCAAGUAUUUUUUAUUCUAUUACUUGAACCUGUGACCUAAGUCACACGAAAACAUGAAUAAUGCAAGUACCAUUGAUUCUAUUA